UACUACUAAUCUAAGCUCAAUUAAUCAACCAGACUGUGUCACACACCAUUAAUAAAGUAGUUGAAUUUACUUUGAAACUUUAAUUAAUAUUUUAAUCAUGAUUUGAAGUGGAAAGAAAGAAGAGAGAGAAAGAAGAGAGAGAAAGAAGAAGAAGAAGAAGAACCCACCUCAGUAUUUGUCUGUCCUAGUAAAGACAAUAAAGAAGCAAGUCAAUCUUGCACAUACUAAAACAACAAAGAACAAUUCUCUUGUCUGAUCAAAACCCACAAACACUCAAUUUUCCCACUUUCCAUUCUGUUCAUCAGCGUAAUCAAGAUUGCUUCUUUUUGUGUUCUCUUACCUUAGAAAAUAUCUCUGGUCCUAAAUUUUGUAGAGAGAGAAACACACAUAACUUAGAGAGAGAAAACCAGAGGUAUUUUUGCUGCUGACACUUGAUUUUAAGAAGAGAGAACAAGAAUUUUUCAGAGGGUUCACAUUAGAUCUGGUGCCCAUACUAUUAAGCUUGGUUCUUACAUUUAGCUUGGUCCCUGAGCUCAACAAAUCUUUGUUAAUUUUUGCUUAUUAGCAAAAAAAAAAAAAAAAAAAAAAAGGAAUCUUGAAGGCCCUUUUGGAAGUUUAGAUGGGGAUCUGCUUUAGCAACCAGAUAAAGGCUGAGAGCCCUUUCCACACUGGUACAGGUGUGAUUUCGUCUAGAAUGGUGAGUGGGGAUGGGAUCGAAUUAAGUAACUCAAGCAGCAAAAGAUCAUCUUCAUCAGUACCUCCGACUCCUCGAACCGAAGGUGAAAUAUUACAGUCAUCCAACUUGAAAAGCUUCGGCUUUAGUGAUCUUAAGGCAGCUACUAGAAACUUCCGUCCCGACAGUGUACUAGGAGAAGGAGGCUUCGGUUCCGUUUUCAAAGGAUGGAUCGACGAAAAUUCUUUGGCAGCAUCAAAGCCCGGUUCUAGUCUCGUUGUAGCUGUCAAAAGGCUUAACCAAGAUGGCUGGCAGGGUCACAAGGAAUGGUUGGCUGAAAUCAACUACUUAGGGCAGUUGCGUCAUCCGAAUCUUGUACGAUUAAUCGGUUACUGCUUAGAGGAUGAACACAGACUAUUGGUUUACGAGUUCAUGCCAAAGGGUAGCAUGGAGAAUCAUCUUUUCAGGAGAGGAUCUUACUUCGAGCCACUUUCUUGGAGCCUACGAAUGAAAAUUGCUAUCGGCGCUGCAAAGGGACUCGCCUUUCUUCAUAAUGCCGAAACGCAAGUAAUUUAUAGGGACUUCAAGACUUCUAAUAUCCUCCUCGAUUCGAACUACAACGCGAAACUUUCUGAUUUCGGGUUGGCAAGAGACGGACCCACCGGCGAUAAGAGUCACGUUUCCACUCGAGUAAUGGGUACUUACGGGUAUGCAGCACCCGAAUAUCUAUCCACAGGACAUUUAACUGCGAAGAGCGAUGUAUAUAGUUACGGUGUGGUUCUUCUCGAGAUUUUGACUGGGAAGAAAGCUAUAGACAAGAACCGCCCGACGGGUGAGCAUAAUCUUGUUGAGUGGGCAAAGCCUUACCUCACAAACAAAAGGAGAAUAUUCCGUGUUAUAGAUGCUAGAAUCGAGGGUCAGUAUUUGGCGGAUCGAGCUGUGAAAGCAGCUAAUCUUGCACUUCAGUGCAUAUCAAUGGAUCCAAGAUCCAGACCUAAUAUGGAUGAGGUGGUAUCAGCUCUAGAGAAUCUCCAAGAUUCCAAGGAAUCUUCCAAGAAUGGUCAUCGGAACAAUAAUAGCCAAUCGAGGGGUGGGCCCAAGUCAUGCAAGAGUGAAGAAACGAGAAAAACAACGGCUUAUCCUAGACCUAAGGCUUCUGCGCUUUAUGCAUGAACUUUUGUUUCGGUUCUUGUUGUGGACUUGUUCGACUGUAUUUCUGAUGCUUGUAAAGUUUAUUUUUUUCCUUUUUUUUUGGUGUUUAUUUAAUUAAUGGGAUGCAUUUUUGUAACCUGUGGAGAGUUAUGAGGUGCUUGUAGUCGAAUCAUUUCGAUGUUGUUCGGAAAAUAUUACGAGAUCUUCUUUAGCUCCGUUUUGGCUAUGAUCUGGAUAUUGUAAUUUUGCUCCAAAAUCAAGGCAAUGUUUGGAACCGUUUUGGAUCUUA